AAAAAAAAAAAGAAAGUAUUAGAAAAAAAAAUAAUAAUCUAACCUAAUAACGGGGAAUAAUCUUCGAAUGCAGUGGCUAGAAAUUUAAUAAGAUUGAAUAAAAAAAUCACAAAUAAGAAGAAAACAUUUGAAUAGUUGCCCCUUGAGGCGCCACUUGUCGCGACUUUGAUCCCUCUGACGGUAAUUUGUACAAGUUUAUCAACGGAAGUUGGUCAAACUAGAAUGUGUAUUUACAUAGGUUAUAAAAUUCGACGCAAUGCAGAGACAAGAGAAUAGGGUUGAAAAUAAAAAAGUGUUUAAUAAUGAAUCAAGAAUGCCCAAAAGUGAAAAAAUAUUUGACAAGAAAAAAUAUAGAUUAAAAAAGUAUAGUAAUAAAUAUAAAGUUCAUAAAUGGCAAUUACGAAAAACAGUAGCUAUUUUACGUGAUUUUUAUAAUAAAAAUCACAGGGGUGAGCAUGGUCAACAGAAUAAACUUGAAUUUAAAAAAGGAACGAGCGGGCCAAAAAAAAGUCCCAGCUUCUUUGACUUUGCAAGGAGUCAAUACUUAGAGAAGAAGGCAGAUAAGAAAAGAAAAAAGGAAGAAAUAUUAAGAAUACUAACGAUAAAGAAAGAAGCUUUACGGAAAUACAAGGAGAAUAAAAUGCAAAAAUAUAAAAAGUUAUCUAAAAAAACGAAGAAGGGUCAACCCGUAAUGAAGGAAAGAAUAGAACUUUUAUUGCAAAAAAUACAACAAGAUAAAAACAACGAUGUCACUGUGUAAAUUAUACAUUUACAAUAUAUUUAAAUCUAAAUAAUAUAUUUAGAUUAAAGUAUGUGUUACGAGUUUAAUUUGCUCGUACGUAGACUAUUUUCGUUAAAUGUAAUUGUCAUCGGUGUACAAAAGAAUUAAAAAGAAAUAAAAUAACGAACGAUUGAUUAAAAAAUAA